CGGGGCCUGCCGUGCGUCACCGCUGUCGUAGCCGCCGGACCGGAGGACUGGGUGCCAGGGUGAGCGCUAAGAUGGCCGCCCCGGCUCGGGCUGGCACUCACUACAACCUCCGCCUCCCAGGUUCAAGCGAUUCUCCUGUGUCAGCCUCCUGAGUAGCUGGGAUUACAGGAGAGUUUUCAUCACCAAUCUGGUGCCAGAUAAAGAUGAUAAAACAAAUUUACCUUACAUGUAUGACUGCUGGAUGGGGAACAACUGAACCUGAUAAAAACUAAGUGCAUGAGAAAAAAACCGUAAUUCGAAGGCUGCUUUGUGAGCAUGGAACCAGCAAGGGAAGCAUGACUAUAUGAAGGAAGAGGAAGCUUUUCCUGAAGAUGAGGCGACUGAAUCGGAAAAAAACUUUAAGUUUGGUAAAAGAGUUGGAUGCCUUUCCGAAGGUUCCUGAGAGCUAUGUAGAGACAUCAGCUAGUGGAGGUACAGUUUCUCUAAUAGCAUUUACAACUAUGGCUUUAUUAACCAUAAUGGAAUUCUCAGUAUAUCAAGAUACGUGGAUGAAGUAUGAAUAUGAAGUAGACAAGGAUUUUUCUAGCAAAUUGAGAAUCAAUAUAGAUAUUACUGUUGCCAUGAAGUGUCAGUAUGUUGGAGCAGAUGUAUUGGAUUUAGCCGAAACAAUGGUUGCAUCUGCAGAUGGUCUAGUUUAUGAACCAACAGUAUUUGAUCUUUCACCACAGCAGAAAGAGUGGCAGAGGAUGCUGCAGCUGAUUCAGAGUAGGCUACAAGAAGAGCAUUCACUUCAAGAUGUGAUAUUUAAAAGUGCUUUUAAAAGUGCAUCAACAGCUCUUCCACCAAGGGAAGAUGAUUCAUCACAGUCUCCAGAUGCAUGCAGAAUUCAUGGUCAUCUAUAUGUCAAUAAAGUAGCAGGGAAUUUUCACAUAACAGUGGGCAAGGCAAUUCCACAUCCUCGUGGUCAUGCACAUUUGGCAGCACUGGUCAACCAUGACUCUUACAACUUUUCUCAUAGAAUAGAUCAUUUGUCUUUUGGAGAGCUUGUUCCAGCAAUUAUUAAUCCUUUAGAUGGAACUGAAAAAAUUGCUAUAGAUCACAACCAGAUGUUCCAAUAUUUUAUUACAGUUGUGCCAACAAAACUACAUACAUAUAAAAUAUCAGCAGACACCCAUCAGUUUUCUGUGACAGAGAGGGAACGUAUCAUUAACCAUGCUGCAGGCAGCCAUGGAGUCUCUGGGAUAUUUAUGAAAUACGAUCUCAGUUCUCUUAUGGUGACAGUUACUGAGGAGCAUAUGCCAUUCUGGCAGUUUUUUGUAAGACUCUGUGGUAUUGUUGGAGGAAUCUUUUCGACAACAGGCAUGUUACAUGGAAUUGGAAAAUUUAUAGUUGAAAUAAUUUGCUGUCGUUUCAGACUUGGAUCCUAUAAACCUGUCAAUUCUGUUCCCUUUGAGGAUGGCCACACAGACAACCACUUACCUCUUUUAGAAAAUAAUACACACUAACACCUCCCAAGUGAAGGAGAAAAACUUUUUGCCUGAGACAUAAAACCUUUUUUUAAUAAUAAAAUAUUGUGCAAUAUAUUCAAAGAAAAGAAAACACAAAUGAGCAGGAAACAUACUUAUUUUAAAAAAGACAAAAAAAAAGGAAAAAAAGAACCCCAAACUGAAAUUCUUAUAUUUGUUGUGUCUGUUACAAAUGUCCUAGAAGAAAUAAUGCAGCUAAACAGUGAAGAAGCCCAAUUGGAGUGUUGCUUUGAAGAUGACGCCUUCGUAAAUUUUCACACAAAAUGGGCAGUACCGAAAUCAGACUUGGAUUCUUGGUGAUAAAAAGCCUAAAGGAAAUAAGUGAACCCACAUCUAUCUAUGGAAAAAAAAAAAAACAUUGAGAAGUGCAAAUGUUUGCAUCCUUUUGUUUUUAAAAGAUACGAUGUCAGAAUAAAAUGUGGAAAACAUA